GUUACGGGUGCAUGACGAUAUGACGUUAAGUCUUUAAGGGAGCUUGUCCCUCCCUAUUUCAUCUCUCCUGGAUCGACUCCAGGUCUGACUCAAGACAAAUACCUUAAACCAGCAACACACAGCACAGCUUCCAUCAAGCUACGCGACUCCCUACACCUACUGGAUUGCACCCAUUGCAGCCCCCCCUUCCAAACUUUACACACCUCCUCUUCCCUCGGUUAACCCCCCCCGUCCUCUUUAGCCCAAGAUGAUGCCCGGACACUCAGAAGAUCCCGUUGUGAGGGCACUGAGGAAUUACUCGACAUGUGAUGUCUCGGACGCGCUCUGCAAGCUCAACGUGCCCAACGGCGGCUUCCUGGCCGGCAUCACCAUGUGGUCGCCGCAGCGGCAGGACGGCCCGACCAGGAUGGUCGGCACCGCCUACACAGUCAAAUACGUGCCGGUGGACGAUCCCGCACCAAGCUACCCGACCCAUUAUAUCGACUCCGUUCCCGAAGGCUCCGUCAUCUUCGUCUCCACACCGAAUAUACCCAAUGCCGUCUUCGGAGGCCUGAUGGGUGCGCGAGCAUGCGCCAGCAAGGCCGCCGGUGCCGUCAUCGACGGGCGAUUCCGCGAUCUGCAGGAGCAGAGGGAUCUCACCUUCCCGGUCUUCGCACGCGACGUCGGAACCGCGCCGCCAAAGGAGCUGGUCAGGGUGGUGGAGGUCAACGUGCCGGUCAAGCUGCAGUCAAGCGAGCAGGAUAUCACCAUAAACCCUGGUGACUACCUGAUGGGCGACCUGAACGGCGUGGUCGUUAUCCCCAAGGAUCUGGCUCAGAAGACCCUGCCCCUGAUGCGGAAGCAGGUCGAGGCGGACUCGAACAUGGCGGUCGAGAUAAACAUGGGCGUGACUUUCACCGAGGCGGCGAAGAAGUUCCGGAUGUAAAAACGAGAGAGAGGCCGGCCUUGUGCAACGAGACGAUUUAUGACCGACAAAAAUAAUAGUAUCUGUUUGUAAUUGACCAUAUGGUGUUGGAAUUGACCAUCUGUUGGAAUUGAACCGAGU